AUGAACCACUUAAGUACGGAAGAAAAUCUUAUGGCAUCAACAAGUGGUAUACUUGUACAGGAAAAUACAUUUCCAGUUGCAAGUAACGCAAUUGUAGGAGGGAAUAUGACUACAGAUUCUGUAGUUGUAGAAAGGAGUAUGAUUGAAACUCUUGCACAUAGGCAGCGGAAGAAUACGCGAAGAACUUUUCGUGAUUCAUCCACAAUAAGCAAGGAAAUGAUUUCCAAAUAUUUCCAUCUGCCUAUAUAUCGAGCCGCCAAGGAACUGAGAGUUGGGUAUACGAUUUUGAAGGAAAGGUGUAGAGAAUUAGGAAUCUUUAAAUGGCCAUAUCGACAGUUAGUGAGCUUGGAAAAGCUAUCAGGAAAAGCUCAGGUAUUUAGUAACAUCGAAAAUGACCAUGACAUAAAGGAGGCAAUGAAGGAACUAAAAAGUAGAAGGGAAAUGUUGCUAAGCGAUCCGAAUUUGAAGUUGAAUCCAGCGGAUAUUAGGCUCAGGGAUUCAUGUACCAGAAAAAUAAAGUAUAGGGAGAUGAUGAGUCUUCUUUAUUCUCCCACCCUUCGUAUACAUCCCCUUCAUAUUCCUCCAUUAAUUGUUGAUCCUGCCUUGCCGUUAACUGUUGAUCGACCUUCACUUGCGACAGAAGAAGACGAAUCGUUUAAACUUUUGCUUGAUGGCUUUUGA